AUGUUAGAGAAGCUUGUAGCAGAAGAAACCAUAAUACCCAAUGGUUUCACACACAACAACAGUCUUCGACUACCUUCCUCCAAUCCUCCCAUCAUCAAGAAGAAAAGAAACCUUCCAGGAACCCCAGAUCCUGAAGCAGAGGUUAUCGCGUUGUCACCCAAGACUCUGAUGGCAACAAAUAGAUUCUUGUGUGAGAUUUGUGGAAAGGGAUUUCAAAGGGAUCAAAACCUUCAGCUUCAUCGGCGAGGUCAUAACCUGCCAUGGAAACUAAAGCAAAGAACAAGCAAAGAAGUUCGAAAACGAGUUUACGUGUGCCCGGAGAAAUCGUGUGUCCAUAACCAUCCGUCAAGGGCACUUGGAGACCUUACUGGUAUCAAGAAACAUUUCUGCAGGAAGCAUGGCGAGAAGAAGUGGAAGUGUGCCAAGUGCUCUAAGUGUUAUGCAGUUCAGUCGGAUUGGAAAGCUCAUUCCAAAACCUGUGGGACAAGAGAAUACAAGUGUGAUUGCGGCACUCUUUUUUCAAGGAGAGACAGCUUUAUCACUCAUAGGGCAUUUUGUGACGCCUUGGCGGAGGAAACUGCAAGGGUUACAGCAGCAUCUCACUUUAACGACACAACAACAGCAGGAUCACUUGGAAACAUAAACUAUCAUUUUGUAGGACCACCGGUUCUCGCUGGUCCAACCAUGGCUCAACACUUGUCUUCCAUUUUCAAGCCCAUCUCAUCUAACCCCCAAAACCAUCUUGACCCGACACAGCAAGGUGAGCUUUCACUAUGGGCGAGUGGUACCGACAAUAUUAAUAACGAAAACAAUAAGCAUAAUAAUCUCCAGGACAUGCAUCAAAUCGACACGGUUUUAUAUGCUGAUCCUCAUCAAAACCACAAUCCACAAUCCGAAUAUCAUUCCGAUUGGGGUGUGUUUGGAAUGAAAACCACUUCAGAUCACGAGGUUAAUGUAAGUGCACCUUCUUUGUUCAGCACACAAAGUAUCUCGCACCAAACACACCCGACGGCAAGCAUGUCUGCAACUGCUUUGUUGCAGAAAGCUGCUCAAAUGGGGUCGACCUCCUCUGCUACGGCCAACCAAUCUGCUUUCCUAGGAAGCUUCGGAUUGAAAUCCAGCAAUAAUUGUACUACAAUGGUUUCAGCUACUGCUCCUAAUCAAGUUCAAGAAGAGAACAGAUUUUGUGGGUUGUACGGUACUAGUACCAUAAUGAAUAACUGUAAUGGAAGUGAUUUGGAGAAUGACUUUUCCAAUUUGGAGCAGAUGUACCCUCCCUCUAAAAGAAGGCAUAUACAGAUUGAAGAACAUCAUGGGGGGCAAACUAGGGAUUUCCUUGGUGUAGGUAUUCAACCCAUGUGCCAUCCUAGGAUCAGAUUUGAUCAUGUGUAA